AUGCACGAAAGAUCUCCGGCUACGACAGGGCCAGAUAAUGAACGCCGCAAUAUUUUCGAGGAUAUAGUCGCAGAGGAAAAUGUACUGCAAUUUGUUGGCUCCGCGAAUGGCCAUACAACAACAGCACGAAAAAUCACCGUCAAGAGAAACAACAUCCAGUGCCUGGGAGAUGCAUCCGACACGACAAUCCAGAAAAUAUUUGGUGAUCGCGCCAAUAUGCCAAUGAAUGAAGAGCAUGCUCCCCACGAGCAACAGGAGAGAAACUUCCAAGGGACUGGCUACACCCUACGCUCGUCAUCCUAG